AUGUCGUUGUCUGCCUCCCAACAGGACGAGUCGCAGUCGGCAGCCCGGCGGCCGAGUCCCCUGCGAUCCAUCAUUGCCGGGUCUACAGCUGGCGCCGUGGAAAUUGCCAUCACAUACCCGGCCGAGUUUGCCAAGACCCGGACACAGCUCAACCGCAGGUUAGCCGCGGGCCAGAGACUGCCAUGGCCGCCAUUUGGCAGCCAGUGGUAUGCCGGCUGUACCACGCUGAUCAUCGGCAACUCGCUCAAGGCCGGUAUACGAUUUGUCGCCUUUGACCAGUACAAGGCGCUGCUGUCCGAUGCCGAGGGCAACAUCUCCGGUCCUCGGACCGUGCUCGCGGGGUUCGGCGCUGGCGUGACAGAGUCCCUGCUUGCCGUCACACCCACCGAGAGUAUCAAGACUACGCUGAUUGACGACCGCAAGUCCGCCACGCCGCGCCUGCGAGGCUUCCUCCACGCCGUCCCCAUAAUCGCACGCGAGCGCGGCAUCCGCGGCUUUUUCCAGGGCUUUGUGCCGACGACGGCGCGCCAAGCGGCCAACAGCGCAACCCGAUUCGGCUCGUACACGGCCCUCAAGCAGCUCGCCGAGAGCUACACGGCGCCGGGGGAGAAGCUGGGCGCCGUCGGGACUUUUGCCAUGGGCGGCAUCGCCGGCCUGAUCACCGUGUACGUGACGCAACCGCUCGACACCAUCAAGACGCGCAUGCAGAGCAUUGAGGCGCGCCAGCUGUACGGCAACUCGUUCCGGUGCGCCAGCCUCAUCUUCAAGCAGGAGGGCGUCCGCACCUUCUGGAGCGGCGCGCUGCCGCGCCUCGUCAGGCUGGUUAUGAGCGGCGGCAUCGUCUUUACAAUGUACGAGAAGAGCAUGGAGCUGAUGGACAGGGCCGACCCGGACAGGAAGUACAUCUAG